UAUAGAUUCGAUAUGGCAGAAGACCCUGAAGUUAUUCUUUUGAAAAAUAGAUAUUAAAUCUAACUCAAAAAAGAGAUUGGAAAAGGAAGUUUUGGAAUAGUUUAUGAAUGUUUAGAUUUAUAAAAUGUCAAUUCUGAUAAAUAAAUAUGUGCGAAAGUAAUUAAUACAAAUUUAUCAUCAAGAUUACAGAUAGACAAGAAGAUCCUAAUUCAAGAAGGGAAAUUGAAAUGUUAUUAACAUUACAAACAGUGGCUAGUGGAAAUCAAAAUAUAGUAGGUGUUAUUGAUGUUUUGGUUCAUGAUUAACAAAUAGUUUUAAUCUUAGAAAGAUGCUAAGGUGAUUUGCUUAAUUAGAUAAAUGAUAAUAAAAAACUUUAAAAGAACUUUUUACCUUCAGAAGCAUUAGAAAUCAUUAAAUAAAUUAUCAAUGGAUAUAAGGUUCUUCUUGCUCACAAUAUUAUUCAUAGGGAUUUAAAACCAUAAAAUAUCCUUUAUCUAAAUAAAACUUAUAAGGUAUAAUAAAUUUUAUAAAAAAUUAUUAUUAGAUUGCCGAUUUUGGAUUUGCAAGAACAGCUGAUCCAUAUGGGAUUCAUACUAAAUUAGGUACUCCAAGAUAUUCAGCUCCUUAAUUAUUUUUUGAUGUAGUUUAUUCUAAUUCAGCCGAUAUUUAUUCUGUAAUAAUAUUAUUUUAUCACAAAUAGUUGGGAAUUAUAUUUUAUUUAUUAAUUUUUGGCGAUUUCCCUUUUCCAGGUGAAGACUUAAAGGAGCUUAAAUAAAAUUUAAUGAAUACUAAAACAAACCCAAUUAAAAUUAAUAAAAAUUUGCCACAAGUUUUAAAUUAGUUAUAAUUAUUAGUUUCAAGGAGAUGAUUCAAUUCCUAUUUUGAUUGAAAAUAUGUUAAAGUAUAGUGAAGAAGAUAGAAUUAAUUGGAGAGGGCUCAUACAAAAUAUUUAGGACAAAAUUGCUCCUAAAGAAAUCAAGAUUACUCCUCCAAUUAAAUUUAUACCAAACAUGCCUAUAAUGCUUGGAUCAUAAAAUCAAGGAUUAACUUAAUUAACUAAUUUACUUAAAUUAGUUUAGAUUGAUGUUUAAUAUCCUGUUUUACAGUACCCACCAAAUUUUUUUGACUAAAAUUAGAAAAGUGCAAUCUUUAUUGCAAUUAUUGAAUAAGAGCUCUCAAAAUAUAUGUAAUAUUAAUAUCCUAAAUUUUAAGGAGUUCUUUAUAAUUCUUUCCUAAAGAAAUCUUAUUUAUAAGAAAUAAAUUAACUAAUAUUUCUUAUUACUUUUUUAAUCUUAUAUUAGAUUUACAAUAAAAAUUAAAAUAUUAAAACUGCUUCCAAUCUAUUAUAGAAGUAAUUUUAAUUUUAAUCAAAAGAACUUAAAGAAAGAAUUUUAAGCAUAUAAUUUGCAAAAAUGUUACUAAAACUAUUAACCAAAUUUAGAAAAUAUGCUUCUUCAAAUUAAGGAUAUCCAUUAAUUGA